AGAAUGGGUUUUAAUUCCGAUGUAACACUAGUAAAGAAAAUCAGUAAGUAAAAUUCAUAGUUUAAUCGAACGGCUGAAAAUAUUUCCCUCCAAUUACUUUUACCAAAAAACCUCCUUCCGCCACUUACCGCCUUUCUCCGCCACUUUCAGCACAAAAUUAACUCGUCCAAAUCAAAACCCUAGCAAUUUCAGUUGAACAUCAAAGUUCAUACUUCUUUUAGUUCUGAUUUAAUCUGAAAUACUGAAAUAAGCUUGAAACAUAGUAAUGGGAGGUUCUAGGGAAGCGUCUCCAGAUUGGUUGCGAGCUUUUCAGGCCCCAACUCAAUCGAUUACAACUUUAUCAUCUGACUCUGAGCUUUCUGGUGACAAAAGUCCCGCAAAAGAUAAUAGCACCGAUUUUAAUAAAGAUAUGAAGCUUAGAAGUUCAAAUACAUUGGAGGCAGAUGAGGAAGAGGAUGAAAAAAUCUGCAGCAUUGCCUUGAAAUCACCUAACAAGAAGGCAACUAAAAAAAUAGUAGGUGGUGUAACACCUGCCAAAAGGAAAAGAACAAUAGAACACGAAAAUGGCGGGAGUGUAGAUGUUGAGAACGUUAAAAGUGAAAAAUAUCUUGACAAGUCAACAGACACUUCUGCAAGUGCACCAAAUCCUUCAGUUUUUGAACUUUCUUCUGAUUCUGAUUCAAAAUCAGAUGCAACAGUAAGAAAAAAGAAAAAGAAAAUUGAUGAUGAAGAGUCUGUACCUAGGAGUACAGUGAAGGGAAAAUCUCCAAAUAAACGGAUGAAACAGGAAGACGUUCAACUUUUAGAUAAAAGGAAAGCCGACAAGCCUGUGAAUAUAAAAGGUAUAUUUGUGUUGAUAGGAAAUAAUGACAACACAGAAGUUGCAGAAGACAGCAAACCUGAGAAGCAGACGGAACCUGCUGUUAACUCCUCUACUUUGCCUUUGGUACUUCCUGAGAAAGUACAUCGUUCUAAGGCACUUGUUGAGUGUGAAGGUGAAUCAAUUGAUUUGAGUGGUGAUAUGGGUGCUGUUGGGAGGGUAAUUAUUUCAAAGACGCCAUCGAAGGAAUCUGAAAUGUUUUUAGAUUUAAAAGGAACCAUUUACAAAACUACAAUUGUUCCAUCAAGGACAUUCUGUGUGGUCAGCAUUGGUCAGUCGGAAGCCAAGAUAGAAGCCAUCAUGAAUGACUUUAUACAACUAAAACCGCAAUCAAAUGUUUAUGAUGCGGAGACUAUGGUUGAAGGAACACUGGAAGGAUUCACUUUUGAUUCUGAUGAGGAACCUGAAAAGAUGACCAAGGAAGUUAAAGGUGAUCAGAAUGAAGGUGCCGAAGAGAAAACAAACAAGAAAGCAAAAGGAAAAGUUGAGAAAAAGUCUGUAAAAUCGCCCACGACAAAAAAGAAGGGGAAAGAUGUGGGAGCAAAGCAGCCAAAGAAAAGGAAACCUCAGGCACCAAAGAAAGGUAAGGCUAAGAAGUAGAGAAUGAGAUUUGAUUUUCUGGUUGAUAGAUUUACACUGGUAUCACGGUAUGUAUAUUCUUGUAGCUACCAAAAUAAACUAAGAUGGCCAAUUUUAUUUUCAUAUAGUUUAAUUAAACCCAAAGGUAUAGGAGUUUUAACAUUGUACUACUUUUUUGUUUGUUUAUUAAAAAUCAUUGCUUUAAAUUGUCAUCAAUUUUCAAAUGGAGAACACUGGAUACAUACAUUUUAUAAGAGAACUCCGUUUUGUCCUGUUCUGUAUAAUUCAAAGAUGUUAGCAAUAAUGAAUGAAUUGUGUGAUAGUGAAUUAAGUAUUUACCAUCUGCAACGACUCAACUGGGCCAGCCCAAUAAACCGUCGGUCCUAUUCACAUAUACAAGAAAGAGAGCAGCUAAGAAUUGAGGAAUUAAUUAAUUAAUAUUUUGGCUGUAUUAUGAUGUCAUUAAAUUGUUAGUGAUGUCAGCAGGUUGUUAUUUUCUUGUUUUGUUUAAAUACCUGAUGCAUGCCUUGUAUUGGGUAUCAAAAAGUUUGUUAUAGAGCUUGCUCACCUGGGAGAAAGCCUCCUCUCGAAGUGGGGUAUACUCUCUUUUUUUAUUUUCAUACUUACAGAGAAAUAUAAUCAAAAAACCUAACAACUUCUCUAUUCCUCACACCAUCUUUUGUACAGAUGUUAUUUUUCCCUCAAAAUUUAUAAAGACUUGUAUGGACUUAAUCCACAUUAUUUUAGUGUGCACUAACUUUAAAAGGGAUUGAAAUAUUAAGUAUUUUUACUUGAUAAGUAGAAUUGAGUACAAGCAUUGGAAAAUACUUACUAUUAUUAGUUUGGUGCACGCUGAAAUAGUGUGGACCAAAUCUAUACAAGACUUUUACCUCAAGAUUCUUUGUAAAUCUCAUCAUUUUGUGUUGAGCACCUUCAGACCUUGUCCUUGCUUCAUUUAUCUGCUUCCACUCAAUAUCUCUCCUGCCGUUAAUGGAAUCAUUUCAGCAUCAUGAUUCAUGACAGAAAACUGAAGGUGAGAAAUAUAUACACAGGGUAUGGUAGAAUGUCGUAUGAGGAGAUCUUCCCCUCAGAUGCCCUAUAACUGUUCUUUCUGGUUGUCGGAGGUGAAUCGUAAAUGAAGCUUGAUGGUCUACCUUCAGUUGGUGGUGAAUUGUUGGUAAACCUUGGUCUAGUUGGGUUUCAAUUGUGGGUGAAACUUGUUGGUGAAUUAUAAAUGACAUGUGGUGGUGACUAGGGGCGUUCAACGGGAUGUGAAUGGCCUAUUUUAGAAGGGCUUAGUGAAAUCGGACGGAAAAGUGCUUAGAAUAUUCUAUCUGGAUUAGGGUUUUAAAAGGUUGUUAAAAAGGGUCAAAAAGGGCUUUGGUGUAUUCUAAACUACGGGCUGAAAAUGAGUUUGGUGUAUUAUAAAGCUAUUAGCAUUGUCAUUAACUAGAUGGUUAAGCGCUAUAAGAUAUUUACGAAUUACAUUUUUGAUCAGCUCUAGACUAUAUCAUCUGAAGUACUUGCUGUUGAUAUGAUUCGUCGGUGAAUUUAGUUCACUCUGAAUUACUAGCAGCUGAAUUGAACUACAUGCAUGAUGCAUGGUACAUCAUGUACAUGAAUUAUAUUUUCCUUUGUUUCUUCAUUAAACAAGAACAUGGUUCAGAUUUUCACUAAUUUUUCUGAAUGAUUUCAUAAUUCACACUGGAAAGAAGCAAAAAUAGCUAUACUUAGCUUGUUUUACGGAUAAUGAAUUCAUAUACGAGUAUUCCAUGAAUUAAAAAGUUGCUCAAAACUUGCCCAUUUUGAUGUCAGAAUUACAUCCUGUUUCAUUGCAAGCACCACCACUCACCCCCAUUGGUCAAGGCAACAAUAGGCAAAAUAUAGCAAACCCAACAAUGCUAACAUCAUAAUAAUCCUUCUCGUUCCUUAGCCACCACCAUCAUAUUCCUAUGUCUCUCCACAGUCCCCAGUCAGACAUUCCCUUGCAUCCGUCCUAUCCCAUAUCAUACCCGACCAACCAAGAACAGCGUCAAGCCUUGCACUCUUCCCCGGCCAUAUUGUAAAUGGGCAGUUGUGAGAAAAUUUGAAUAAAAUAAGAUUAUUUAACAACUUAAUUCCAAAAAUAAGCUUCGUGAAAACUUAAUUCCCAAAGUAAGCGUCGGUACAUUCAAACCUAGCCUUGGAGUAAAUCGCUAUUACUAACAGCGAAAGACAAAAAAAAAAUAAAAUAAAAGCCAUAAGUCGCUGUUACUAACAGCGACUUAGGGAGUUGACCAGUCAACUCCUUAAGUCGCUGUCAGUAACAACGACUUUAAGGUUAACUGGUCAACUCUUUAAUCUCGUAGGUUGGAAUGAGGAAGCAA